AUGAGCGGCCUCAUUUCAUGCGUCUCCUGGGUGAAACGAGGCGUCGCAGCGCAGCAUCCACAAAAAUACAACCUCGACGAACGCGAGCUCGAGCGGGUGAGCAAGCUUGCACGCAUAGAGAUCGAAGAUGCACGACAGGAGCUCGAACGUGCACACGAAGCGGCAAAACUGAUGGGCCGUGGAGCUGAAGGUGCAGAGGCGGAUGAUCGGGGCGGUGAAGAUGAGGACGAGUGGGUCGACGAGGACGAACAAAUGGAUGUCGAAGAUCUUGAAACGAAAAACAAGAAUGACGAAGAUGAUCUUGCAAAGUAUAAUCUGGACGAGUACGACAAGGAGUCGAAGUCCAUAGCUGCGGGUCCGUUUAGCAAUAUCAAAGGGCUAGUGUACUACAAGGAUAACGAUGAAGAUCCAUACAUAACUCUAAACGAGGAUGACGAAGAGAUAGAACGCGAAGAACUCGAGGUACUUCCAACAGACAACCUGCUCGUAGCAGCGAAGACAGAAGACGAAAUUUCACAGCUCGAAGUGUACGUAUACGACGAGACUCAAGAAAACCUAUACGUCCAUCACGACAUCAUGCUCCCCGCAUUCCCACUCUGCCUCGAGUGGCUCGACUUCCCUCCCGCUGGACGGCCUUCAUCCACCACCUCCGCCUCCAUUCCAAAUAACAACAACAUAUCCAACAAAGCCUCAGAAAUGGCCAUCGACUUAGACAACAAUCCUUCACCGUCAAAACAAUUCGGGAACUACAUAGCCGUCGGUACCUUCGACCCCGAAAUCGAAAUCUGGUCCCUCGACACAGUCGACGCACUCUACCCAGACAGCAUGCUCGGUCGACCAGACAUCACAUCCGCACACGUCCCCACCCCACUCGGCACAGGCAAGAAAAAACGCAAGAAACAGAAACACCGACCGACGAGUACGGCGCACCACGUUGACGCUGUACUCUCCCUCGCGUGGAACCGCGCGCAUCGGAACUUACUUGCGAGUGCGAGUGCGGAUCGGACGGUGAAGCUUUGGGAUUUGUCGCGUGAACCUAGUGCCACUGGGGACGGUGGGGGAGCGAUUAGGAGUUUUGACGUACAUAAGGAUAAGGUACAGACUGUGCAGUGGAAUGAGAAGGAACCUACGGUGUUAUUGACGGGGAGUUACGAUCGGACCGUACGUACGUUUGAUACAAGGGCACCGACGGCGGGUGUAGGCGCUGUGGUUGGUGCCGACGUGGAAGCAGUCCGAUGGGAUCCUUGGGAAUCUACCGCGUUCUACGUCUCCUUAGAAAAUGGAAUAGUACUCAAUUUCGACGCUCGCGUACUGCCAUCCGACUUAACUCAACCUUCACCCUCCCGCUUCAUGCUCGCAGCACACAAUGGCGCCGCAUCCGCACUCGACGUAAACCCGCACAUACGAGGAUGCAUUGUCACAGGUGGUACAGACAAAAUGGUCAAAGUUUGGAACAUUAAUGACAAGGAUAAUGGGAAGAAAGACGUCAGCCUCGUCACGUCUCACGACCUCGGAGUGGGCAAAGUCUUCUCAGCAACGUUCUCACCAGAUGAUCCUCUUACAAUCGCUGCAGCAGGUUCAAAGGCAAAACUACAAAUCUGGGAUGUUGGUGCAAACGUUGGUGCACGUAAGGCAUUUGCACAGAAGCUCAAAGAGGCAGGUCGUGAGGUUCGUCAGAAAGAAGGCGGGGGUGUUGUUGGUGUUGUCAGCGAUGAUGAAGAGGUCAGCGGAGACGAAGAUGAAUAA